AUGCCUCCAAAGGGCCCCAAACCUACUAGCGACGAGCUUUUAGCUCAGUUUGACGACCUCGGCCUCGGGAAAACCGACGACAAACCAGCUAAGCCCACUACUGUACCCGACAAUGCCAAGGGCGCGGAGGAGGACAUCCUGGCUGAGCUGGACCACCUAGCCACACAACGUCCCGCCAGUGGACCAGGCACUCCACGCCUGUCUUCCGAUAAAUCCAGGCCAUCUGCACGAUCUCCCCGACCAAGCGCUACUAUCACCCGACCGACCGAGGAAAAGUCCCCUGCCCGCAAGUCUGAGGAGAUAGGCCGCGCAGAGACCAAGCCCGAACAACCCAAGGCUGAGCCCGAGGAUGUCCGCGCCCAGCAAUCAUCUGAAGAUGGUGGCGGCUGGUGGGGUGGAUGGUCAGGAGGACUCUUUGCAACGGCCACCGCGGCUAUGAAGCAGGCCGAGGCGGCGGUCAAGGAGAUCCAGAAUAAUGAGGAGGCACAGAAGUGGGCUCAGCAGGUCAAGGGAAAUGUUGGAGUUCUGCGUGAUUUCGGUGGUGAGCUUCGCAAUAGAGCAAUCCCAACAUUCACCAGCCUCAUCCACACCCUCGCACCUCCUAUCUCUUCGCACGAACGUCUCCAAAUCCAUGUGACUCACGACAUGUCCGGUUACCCCGGCAUCGACCCUCUAGUCUACGCAGUGUUCUCGCGAGUGAUGUCGCAAGUCGAGGGCGGCGACCUGUUGGUGAUCCAGCGGGGUCAGGAAUCAGCCCCGAAGCGUGGGCUCGACGUUACCGGAUAUAUGACCAGCUCCGGCUGGAACGAUGGGCCCUGGUGGCGGACCGUCACUUCUGGACAACCGCGCAGUAUUUCUGCCGUACGAGGCACGGUGGAAGGCUCAAAGCUGGCUCGCGCUAGCGCCGAGUCAUAUGCCACCGAGUACUUCUCAUCUCGGGGUGGAGUCGAGGAGGCAGCGAAGCACGCCUCGGAAGUUCUUAGCGAAUCGAACCCAGUCCGCAGCAGUGAUAUCUUCUUGGCUAUUCAGGCUAUUAGCCAACCUGUCUCUAAGGAUCUCUUCCAGGCUGGUGCGACAGGCGAGAAGGCUACUGAAGGUGUUGUGGAGCCCGAGACCGAAGAAGAGGAGAUCUCUUUCGCUCUGUAUCUCCAUGAUCCUAUCCAUGGUCUUGCCUUCCACACCAUCUCCCAGAGUAUUCCACAGGCAUGGAUUGAGUGGCUCGAUGCCUCGGCGCUGGCUUCUCAGAGUGCCGAUGAAGAGGGUGCCAAUGUCCAGCGUAUCGUGGUUCCCGAAGCCAUCGCGGAGAUCAUCGAGAGCGGAGGUGUCGAUCCUCGCGAGUGGGUCUCAGAAUGGAUCGAGGAGACUCUGUCGCUGGCUGCUGGUGUUAUCGCGCAACGAUACGUAGCCCGCCGAAUGGGUGUCGGCGAGGGAGGUGUUGGCAAGGGAAAGAUGCGCGCUGAGCAGGCCUCGACUGUUGACAGCGGCGCAGGAGAAGCCGCGCGUGCUAUCUAA